CCUACUUUGCGAACAAUGACCGAGUUCGUAAGGAAAUACGGAAGAAUUUCAUGGCAAGUCUUUGUUUAAAUCACGGGACGUGACAUAUUGGAUGCAAGCGCCAGGAGGGUAACCGAACAACAGACCACCAGCCCUUUUAUUUGGCUUUUACCCCCUCUCGGCUGGUUCUCUCUUUGUUAACGUUUGGCUAAUAAGCAAUUCAGUCAGAUUGGGUACUGAGAAUCGACCAUGCCAACAGCAAACAAUAUAACGGACUGCAAUGGCGAAGCGUGCGAAUCAGGGCAACUACUCGACCAAACGGAACUGCGUGUGCUUUCUACCUCCGGUGUACCAUCUACAGAAAAUAGGGUUGAGACACACGAUGUCGAUGAAUGUGGCAGUGUCAGUCCUUUUGACCGCGGAAGAUAUGGAUGGGUCAUUGUGGCGGCUUCUUUUUUCGGACAAUUCAUCUACCAAAUCAAUCUAAGUUUUGGUCUGUUUAACAUUGCUCUGUUGGACGAAUUUGAGGCAAGCAAAGGAGAAACUGCUCUGGUUGGGUCAAUUUGUGGCGGUUUCAAUGAAGGAUGCGGGGUACUAACUGGUCUUUUGGCAAACCGAAUUGGUCACCGUUUGACGUGCAUGAUUGGUGGUGUGAUGGCGGCUGCUGGAUUUGUCAUCAGUUCGUUUGCACAGAAUUUGACCAUUCUCUACUUCUCAUAUGGAGCUCUGUUAGGAAUAGGAACAUCAUUCCUUAACCUACCAUCUUUGGUGAUGAUGAGUUUCUACUUCAAGAAAUACCGUAACCUGGCGACAGGAGCUGCGUCCGUUGGUGCAGGGUUAGGGGGCCUCGUCCUACCGAUUUUAAUUCACGCACUCAUUGAACACUAUUCGUGGAGAGGUGCUAUGGUGAUCAUAGCCGGCCUAAUGCUUCAAGGAUGCGUCGUCGGGAUCUUGUUAAAACCCAACUGGCAUCUAGAACACAGCUCGACAUAUAUCGGCAAACAUAAAAAGAAACCAGCUUUCGAUUUUUCGCUUUGUAGAAAGUGGACCACUGGUGCUUGUGUAGUCAUCUUCAUUGUGUGGGGAAUCACUAGCAGCAUUUAUUUCACAACUCUACCACACAGGGUGGUUUUAUUAGGCUUUUCGACUGACCAAGCCGCUUGGUUAUUGUCAAUGUCAGGAAUAGCGUCAGUCAUUUCACGAAUAUUUCAUGGAGUGCUCUUUCAUUUCAUUUCAUUGCAUCCCGAAAUAGCGUACGGGAUUGGGCAACUUGGCAUGGCACUGGGUAUCUUAGGUUUUGCCAUUGACCAUACGGAAUACUGGCUGCUUGCACUUGCAUCCGUGGUGUAUGGACUUUCGUAUGGUUUGAUGGGUUUUGCACAUUCCCUGUUCUUUUUGAAGAUAUUUGGUCUGAAGCGGCUGAACAAUGCGAUCGGGUUUGUUAGUACGGUGAGUGGGUUAGGGACCCUUAUCGGGGCACCACUUGCAGGGCUCCUGUACGAUCACAUUGGGGAUUACCGGAUAUCACUGUUUGCUGCGAUAGGUUUAACAAUAGUUGGGAGUGCAGUGUGUAUUCCGAUGCAUGUUCAUUUACGACGGCACAAAGAAUAUGAGAAAACAGUAAUAGAGUGAGAAGACAACAAAAUAACGCGCUAUUUUGGACGAUGAAUAACGCGCCAUUUUGGAUGUUGAAUUACGGAUGAAUGUUUCGGUUACAUGUAUUUCUAAUGUAUAAGAAAUUUACGCCAGAUUUUAUUUUAAUUUUUAUCAGAUAUUAGAUAAGAUCUCUAUCCUAACGAUGCCAAAUCUGUAUCCAAUAAUUUGUGUUUUUGAUCAGCCCAUAUUUGAUAACAAAUAUAUCUACAUGUACAUGUAAUUCAAUUGUAAACAAUAGUUGGAGUAUAGGGUUGGCUGGGUCGCUCUGAACACCAUAUUUUUGACUUGACGUAUAAUUAUACAUCAUACGUCUUAUGCCAGCUUCGUUUUUUUCAUUUCACAAGUUUCGAAGCCAUACGACGUGCUUAGAGCAUGUAGAACAACAAAAUGUAUUUGCAAAUACAUUUUCCGACACAAAUAUUCUAAAAGAAUCCCAAACCCCUCCUACGAAUUCGCACACUUGGUGACCGACAUACCUCGGCUCGUUUAGUAUUGUCCGUACUUCGCCAUGCUUAGGGGUCGCAAACCCAGUCUGUUAUCGAUCAAUAUCCUAUUCGUAAAUCCUGAUAAGAUCCAUAUAAGAUUCUUAUAAUUAAGUAGGAUAUCAAUUAAUUUUGUAUCGUAUGUGCACAUACGCUCUUCACAAUGUUAUUUUAACAUCUUUUGUUAAGUUCCAAACAAACAUUAUUGACAUGGGUAUGUGUCGAAUAAUCGCCACAAUAAAACUAACAAGGCAUGGAAAUUUUUCGAGAAAAAAUGUGAUGCGUCAUGACAUCUGAUCAUGAUGAGCUGCGUUUUGGGAUAAAUUUUACUUUUACACACUCCGUUCCAAACAACUACGACGAAAUUGUUUUAGAUAUGUUUUAGUGGAUCGAGUGCAAAUCAAACAGAUGUAGUGUUGUUGUUUUGUUUGUGUUUUGUAAUGUUUAUUGUUUAGACAUUUACAAUAGAAGCUGCGCGCGCAUGUGCAGGUCAAAUGUUAUUUCGUAUUUCAGUGGAUUUGCUACAUAAUGUCAGGAAUAUUUACGAUUUCUCAGGAACAUAAGGUGACGAAAAGUAAUUGAUUUGAUUGAUUCAAUUGAUCAAAAGUUAUGUAAUAGACUCAAUUAAAUGAAUGUGACUUUCACUGUCCUGACAUUGACAAACUUGUCUAUAUCUUUUCAAUUCCAAAUUCCUGAUAAAAUCGACAUAUCGAAGACUUGAAGAAGAACAAUCGACAUUCUCAUGAGUUUCAUGGAUAAAAUGCUACCUUUAGACGGCCAUUUCUUUUGAUACGUAGGUCGAUGGUGAUGUUUCACGGUCACGACCCGCCGGAGUGCAUGGUCUUUCGAGAAAAGUGCAUUUAUUAACAUUGGGACCCUAAAGGAAU